AUGCUUAGGAAGCAGUUCCCGCUGGGCCAGAACACAGUAAGACAUGUAUCGAGUACCAUCACAUUCACACUGGUCAAUCGUGCUCCUACAAUCCCCAUACUGAUGGUAGUUCCCAAUGCCCUGACCAAACUUAAGGUACCCCUUCUCAAAUCUCCACUGCAUUUGGGUCAUGCUACAUCUCGGGUCAACCGUAUGUACAAUGAAGAUAGAUAUAGUGCACAGGUAUUAUCACUUCCGAAUGAUCGUACGGUAUUUAACUUUGGCAUAUAUGAUGGUCAUGGGGGUGAUAACUGCUCCGAAUAUAUUUCUACCCAUCUCCCUAGUAAAGUGGAAAGAGUUGACGAGCUUUGUCAAGUUACUGCUCAACAGGAUAAGUUAUUUGCCGCUUAUCGGGAUAAUGUUGGAGGAUAUUGGAAAAGAUGGUACAAGCAAAAGAAAAACCAUGUUAAAACAAUGAAAGAACGAUGUUUAGAUAUUAAUUUAAGACAGUUCCCUGAAUUGGAGAAUGAUUUACCUUUAAGAUUGCCAAUGUCAUAUUUAGAGACUGAUUAUGACUUUUUACUGCAUACUGACAAUAAUGAUGGAGGUUCUACAUGUACUUCGGUAUAUCUUGAGACCAUUUUCUCUGAACCUGGAGAUUUUAAACCUGUGUUUGAAGACUAUUACUUUAAUAGAAACACCAUAAACGUCUUAACGGUAGCGCACGUGGGGGAUACUAAGUGUAUAUUGGUUGAUAGUGAAGGACUAGCACAUCCAUUAACACAACCACAUCAUCCAUCUAACCCAAAUGAAAAUGAAAGACUUCGGAGAUUUGCACUGGCAUUAUUUAUGAUGGAUUCCUUUGGAGAAGAACGACUUAUCUCUUUGGCCAACACUCGAGCAUUUGGUGAUGUUAAUUUCAAAGAGAUCGGAGUUAGUGCGGAGCCUGAAGUUACCCAAUUAGUCAUUGGUGAUAAACUGACUAUUCAUAAGAAAUUAACCAAAAGAGAAAUAGACAAUUACACUAUAGGAGGAGGAGAUGAAUCGUUCUUAAUUCUAUGCACAGAUGGAGUAACGGAUGUACUAACGGAUCAAGAAAUCGCCGAUAUAGCAAUGGCUAACUUUAACAAUCGAGGUCAUAAGGUCGCUACUCCACAAUUUUGUGCUGGAGAAGUGAUUAAGUUUGUAGAAUACGUUGGAGGAGAUGAUAAUGCCACUUGCUUGAUAGUUAGGCUCAAUGGAUGGGGAAAAUGGCCUACUAUAGACCGUACAGGGUCUCUUAGACAAGAUAGACUUGAUAAUUUCCAGCCUAAGGGAAGGUCAUAA